GUGACGCGGAAGUAAAAUGAUCAGAAUUGUGACAUGAGUUCGGGACAAUCGGAAACUUAAAACAAAAUUGUGUUUUUGUUAAGCGAAAAGUUAAUUAUAAAGUUCAUCCAUAUUGUGUCUUUAAAUAUGGAGCCACAGGCCCAGUUUUUAUUUUUGAUGUCAAUACUGGCUGCACAAGAUUCUUCAAUUUGUUUAAAGUUUGUCAGUAGUCCUCAAGAUCCCCUGGUCUUUUUGUCUGGUAAAAACACUACAAAUGUCGUCAUGAGGUGGACAUUUACACUGGAGAGUGGAGAGUUAAACAGCCUCUUGUCCUUGGAACGACUCAAAUCCUCAGAUGACUCUACACCAACUCCAAUCUUUUACUAUAACUUUAGAACAGGUGACAUUUUUAAUUCUACUUUGUACAUGGCAAGUAAAAAGUUUGAUGAUGGACCAUCUUCUGGAUCAUUCAACUUCACUAUCAAGGACAUGCUGAAUCAGAUAAACAACAAGGAUGGAAGUCUGUAUAAUCCAAUUUCUACAGACUACCAGUACAGAUUAACAGUUGCUGUUAAUGUUAAGGAUGUUAUACUGCCAGUAACUAUCAAAAGUACAGUGGAAUCUGUUGUUUAUGCUCCACCUCGCAGUCCUACUCUUCAAGUUGAAAAGACAUCAUUUUGUCUCAAUGCAACUGUUAAUAUAACCUGUACUUCAAAAACUGGUAAUCCACCAAACACCACUAUAGUAUUUUUCAAAGAUAAUGAAAAAAUCAGAGAAGUGAAGAAUGAUGUAGAAGCAAAAGCAAUGGUUACCAUCAAUCUGGACAAAGCAGGAAUUGAGACCUUCACCUGUCAAGUUGAAAACAUUGCUGGAUCGUCUCAAAACAGUACUUUGUUAAAUCUUACAGUAAAAGCUCCUCCGACCAUUACUGUGUGUAAAAACCAAACACUCACUGAAAAAGAUGCAUUGUCUUGGUCCUGUGAUGCUAGUGGCAGUCAACAUUUGAACACUUCAUGGGUUAAAAACAAUGAAAACACCAUUGUCUCAUCUACCAAAACAUACAACAUAUCCUCUGUCAGCAGAAGUGAUGCUGGGAUGUACAGGGCUACUGUCAGUAAUGGAGAUGAAUGUCCUAUUGCUAGUAGAACAGUAUAUCUAACUGUACAAUGUGAGUAUAGUAUUAUUGAGUAUAGAAUGUACAGGGUUACUGUUAGUAAUGGAGAUCAAUGUCCUACUGCUAGUACAACAGUAUAUCUAACUGUAAAAUGUGAGUACAGUAUUAAUGAGUAUAGAAUGUACAGGGUUACUGUCAGUUAUGGAGAUGAAUGUCCUACAACUGUAGUUACUGAAUGUACAACAGUACUAUAUCUAACUGUACAAUACCUAAUGGAUGCUAGCUGUGGGCCUAAAAUUCACACUGUCAACGAUGGUGAUAAUGUAGCCCUAAACUGCUCAGCAAUUGGUAUUCCAGCUGUAAAUUAUACGUGGACUGUAAAUAACAAAGUAUCUCAAGGACCAACAACCACUUUUGUAGCAACCAGAAGUCUAAAUGGUUCCAUUGUUACAUGUGCUACUAGAAAUGCUUUUGGAAACAAGAAAUGUUCCAAAACACUUAUAGUGUAUUACAAACCAGACCAGCUCACAGUUAUCAAUGCACAAGGUGGUGUCUUGUAUGCCAAUAAAGGACAACCAAUCAACAUCACAUGUAAUGCCACUGGAAACCCGCAGCCUGAUUAUGUUUGGAGCUUUAAAGGCAAACAGCUGCACAGUUCAAUCAAUAGUACCAUUGUUAUCAGUAAUGCUACCUUAGAUGAUGCUGGGAUGUACACAUGUACUGCCAUCAAUUCUAUUGGGAGAGAAAGCAUCAAUGUCACAUUACAAGUUAACUGUAAGUACAAAUUGUUGUGUCCAAUAUUGUCCAUGGUUUACAUAUAUUUGUCUGAAUUUGUUGGUGUGAUAAUGAUGUAA